AUGGCGCACUCAACGGAUUCAUCGUCUUCUUCUUCGAAAUCGCAUGAUGGCACACGCAUGUACAAUCCAUACGAACAACUCAACCGACCAGCACAGUACCUAUACUCCUUACCAACAUCGCCAGAAUUUCUUUUCGAUGAAGAAGCUAUGCGAAAAGGUCGUACAUGGAGCGAGAAUUUAUGUUCUUGUUCUGGUGCAGGUUACCUUUUAGGUGGGAUUAGCGGUGCACUGAAAGGAUCAGUUGACGGACUUAAAUCCGCCGAAGCUGGCGAAACGAUAAAGCUAAGGACAGCUAGGGUUUUGAAUAGGGGUGGACAUACUGCAAGGAAAUUUGGAAAUACAGUGGCCAUUAUUGGUAUGUUUUAUGCUGGAUUUGAAAGCAUGUUGGAAAAAUAUAGAGAUACUGAUGAUGAGUGGAAUACUGUUGGUGCUGGUUUUGGUACCGGCGCGCUUUAUAGAGCUUCCGGUGGACCUCGUUCUGCUGUUAUUGGUGGGGCUUUAGGUGCUUUUGCUGCUGGAGUUUAUGUUGUUGGCAAGCAGAUGUUCAAAAAGUAUGCUCCUUUGGAACAAUUAUCAAUCAAGACGACUCUCAACGGGUAA